UCUUCUCUAUAAAAGAACCUCCCCCACACCCCAACUACAUUUUUUUUAUUACAAAAGAAACCCCAUUUCUUAAUUUAUUUACACCUGGGAAUUUCUUUUUUAGUCCAUCACAAUCAUGGGACUUCUCGACAAACUCUGGGAUGAAACCCUAGCCGGUCCAACACCGGAAUCCGGCCUCGGAAUACUCCGCAAACACAACUCUUUCUCGGCCAGCCUCACCGCCGCCGCACCGCCGCCGCCGAGCACCGACGGCCAGACAGUCCCGGUUUCCCGGAGCAUCACCGCGCCUCGAGACAUUCCGAAACGUAAUCUCAGAGUUUCCGUUGACUCUCCGUCUGAUCCGUCGUCUCCUUCUGGCUCCGGCGAUCCAAGCUCGCCGUUUUCACCAUGUACCCCUGGUAGUAAUUUGAAACGGAUGGCAAGGAGAAAAUCGACAUCGGCGGCUUUGCCCAACUCUUACUCCAAGAGCCCCUCCGGCUAUGAUUGGAUUGUGCUAAGUGCUUUGGAACGUUAAUUAUCUUCGGAGAUUCGGAAGUAAAAAGUUUAUUAAAAAAUAUUAUUGUAAUUAAGUAUUAAGUGCUCAUAUAUUGUUAAUUAGCACAAAAAAAAUAGGGUUUCCUUAAUUUGCCCUUUACGAAAGAAAAAAGAAAAAUCGAGUGUGUUAGGAUCGUUUUUUUUUUUUUUGCGUUGCGUUUGUAUUUUGUAUCGUGCUGUAUGUUUUAAUUAAUCAGUUGUUCUUGUCCGAUCGCGAUCGACUAAGAGUUUUACAUGUAAUAAGUAUCGGUAUAUAUACUUUUUUCCUACCUAUUAUAUAUAAAUGUGUGUAUUAAGUUGG